AUGUGGCUCAAAAAUUCUGCAGCGGCAUUGCUGUUGCAAGCGCUAGGUGCAAGUGCAACAUGGUCUGCUUACCAGGAAUACCUCUCCCAUCUUCCAGCCCAUACUUCGAAGCACCAGGCUGCGCAGCCAAAGAUCUCUUUCUCACCAAAUCAGCCAUUUGAGCCGUUGCCCAAGUCGACAGCUCGAGGAAAGAAUUGCUAUGUGCAGAGCCACAAUGACUUCAAGACCGACGAUUCGCCCUACAUUCUGGAUGCGCUUCACCAGUGCAAUAAUGGUGGACGAGCCAUCUUUCCACAAGGGACGACAUACGUGAUCGGCACGGCGCUCGAUUUGACCUUCCUGCAGCACAUCGAUAUUCAGAUUCAGGGCUACAUUCAGUUCACGAACGACACCGAUUAUUGGCAAAAGAAUGCUUUCUAUCAGACCUUCCAGAACGCCACGACUUUCUUCCAGCUCGGAGGCGAAGACGUUAAUGUCUACGGCGGCGGCAUGCUCGACGGUAACGGUCAAGUCUGGUACGAUCUUUAUGCGAAGAACAUCUACAUCCUCAGGCCUAUCCUUUUCGGCACCAUUGGCUUGUGCAGCGGCGCGAUCUCCGACCUGAACCUGCGUUACUCGCCACAGUACUACAACUUUGUCGCCAAUUCGACCGACGUUGUCUUCUCGAACCUCACUAUCAGCGGAUACAGCCAGAGCAAUAACACAGCCAAGAAUACUGAUGGUUGGGACACCUACCGGAGCUCGAACGUGGUUAUCCAGAAUAGUGUGAUUAACAACGGCGAUGAUUGUGUCUCGUUCAAGCCUAACAGUACGGAAAUCCUGGUCCAGAAUUUGCAUUGUAAUGGCAGUCACGGCAUCAGUGUUGGAUCGCUGGGUCAGUAUGUUGGCCAGGUCGAUAUCGUUGAGAACGUUCUGGUGCAAAACAUCCAGAUGUCUAAUGCCACGGACGGUGCUCGUAUCAAAGUCUGGCCAGGCUCACCAUCUGCACUCUCCGGCGAUCUUCAGGGCGGCGGUGGAUCCGGCCGUGUCAACAACAUUACCUACCUCGACAUGUCCAUCGCCAACGUCGACUAUGCGAUCGAGGUAACGCAAUGUUAUGGCCAGAAGAACCUAACUCUGUGCAACCAAUUCCCAUCUAGCUUGACGAUCAACGAUGUGACGAUGACGAACAUUCACGGCACUACAAGCACCAAGUACCAACCAAUAAGUGGGUAUGUCGUCUGCAGCGACCCCAAAGUGUGCUCAAACAUCACAUUGAACGAGAUCGCUGUCGUGAGCCCGAAUGGGGUGGAGAACGAAUUCACCUGCGGCGCUGUUGAUCAGAGCUUGUUGCAUGGCAUCAACUGUACUACUAUAAACAAGGGCAGCAACUAG